ACGUCAGGUCCCUUCAACAGAAAGUCAAGUCCUUCACCAGAAUUUCUUUUCGACCCGACGUCUUUCGCUAUAUUUUGGAAUGGAGCCUAAAUUUAGGAGGAGGGGGGAUGGCCAUGCUAGCCUCUUUGACACAGAGGAAGCAAAACGAAUUAAGAGGGAGAACAGGCCAUGGGUGCGGGCUCUGUCGCCUGAGAGGGUGAAAGAGUCUGCGAAGAUGGCUGUUCUGCGUCGCGGUGGAGACCCGGAGAAUAUGCAGCAUGUCCUGGGCCAACAUCAGAUGCAGUUUGGGAUAUUCAGGGGCCAAACUUUUCAAUGGGUGGCAGAAAAUGCAUUGGGGUAUGCGGGUUAUGUGGUGGCAUCAAUGUCAGAAGAGUCAGGAAACUCUGAUUCACACAACAACCUCGUCAACAAAAGAGCCUUCCAGGGGUACAUCUCACAUUAUCCUGCAGGCCGUUAUGCCAUUCAGGUCAAGCGGGAGGUGAGAUCCGCUAGAAGCCAGAGCCAACCUGCCACUGCUGCUGCUGCCACCUCCACACAGCCGCCCUCCAACUCACCACGGCCCUCAGCCUCUUCACGAGCUGCAACCACCACACAGCCGCCCUCCAGCUCACCACGGCCCUCAGCCUCUUCACGAGCUGCAACCACCACACAGCUGCCCUCCACCUCACCACGGCCCUCAGCCUCUUUGCGAGCUGCCACCUCCACACAGCUGCCCUCCACCUCACCACGGCCCUCAGCCUCUUUGCGAGCUGCCACCGUCCACACAGCUGCCCUCCACCUCACCACGGCCCUCAGCCUCUUUGCGAGCUGCCACCUCCACACAGCUGCUCUCCACCUCACCACGGCCCUCAGCCUCUUUGCGAGCAGGCCAUCUCCACCUCAAAAAUCACCUUCGUCAGCCCAGAGAGCCUGCCUCCUGCAGUUGAAAGGAAAGGCAGACCCUGUAUGCCUAACAGCAGUGUGGCAAAUCCCCACAUCUUUGUUUUGCCCCCCUAAUACUGCAGGGAUGGCCCAGCUAAAACAAAGACUGACAUAA